UCACCAGCACCAAUCUCCCUCCCAGGUGCACCAAUGCCAUCCCAAGCACUUGAAGCAGAUGAGGAUUUGCAGCUGUGGAAAGAGAUAGAUGAUGCAUGUUCUGCCUACCUGUCUACAGAUUCUCAGCUUCAGGUGUCCAAUACAAUGGAAGAACUUUGCUUUUUGGUCAUGGGAUUUCUUCAGAAACCACAGGGUUUAGAUGAAAAAGACAACACCAAAAGGUUCUUAUUUCAUUAUUCUAAGACUCAUGACUCAGGCAACUCAGACACCGUGUCGUCUGUCCUGCAUCCUUUGCUGCAACUCGUUCCCCAGCUUAAUGAGAGAAGACUGAAGAGAUACAAAGCGGACGAAGAUCUUCAAGGACCUGGAGCGAUUCAAAGCAGAGGCUACUUUUUCUACAGGCCACGCAAUGGAAGGAGAUCAGUGGAUUUUCGCUAAGGAGGAUUUUACAUUCCUGACCUAGAACUAAUGCUGCAGGAAUGCUGAGUACAUGGACAUACUGUUUUCCUUAUAAAAAUUAUUCGUUACUAAUGUACAAUUAAAAAUCAUUAGAAUGUAAAUGUUAUUAAAUUUGAUUGCAUUAAGGAUUCAAAUGUUUCUUUACUUUGUUGAUUAUAUUAAAAGCAUCCUAAAAUUA